AAAUGCGUAACCUUAAAAGGUAAUAGCACAAUUAUUUGGUUGAAAAGAGAAUGAUAUCUAUUUUUAGGUUUUACCUUAAACAUUUCUUCUUAAUUAUAAUGUUAUUGCAUACCUUGCAUUCACUGACCUGCAGUGUUGUGUGACAACCGCACACUCAGGAGACGGAGGAGGAAAGGCGGAGGAGGGACUCUAUGUUUGUCCCACAAAACCCUUUCACGGCGGCACCAGAUCCGCAAAAAAAUUGUAUAUUUUCAAACGUACCCAUGUAGUCGUCGGCUCUUCUGUUGGGAUUCCGAGGGUUUGUGGGACUUCAAACUGUGAAGCCAGGCUUCCCGAGUGACCUGACUGAGGAGGUUGGUGGGUGGGGGGGGGGGGCUGAUGGGUAUUGUUCACCUGCUGCCGACCCUCACAUCUCCACGGAGACGAGCCCGGGGCAUCAGGAAUGUGGAUGGAAGUUUGAGCCAGCCGAUUCCAACGUUCAGGCCAAGUUUUUAUGAUUUUGAGCCCAGGAGACGCGGGUCCCAGUCGAGAAAACCAUAAUUGUAAUAAUACAACUUCAGACCACAUUACCACCCAACCACUACGAUGAGGACGCCCGGAACGCUGUGGGUGUGCGUGGCCAUAAUUUGGGCCAAAAGUUGCCACGCCCACAGCCUGUUCACCUGUGAGCCAAUCAAAGUGCCACGCUGCCUUGGAAUGCCCUACAACAUGACCUUCUUCCCCAACAUGAUGGAGCACUACGACCAGGAUGUUGCAGCCAAUCAGAUGGAGCCCUUCAUGCCCCUCGUGAACCUAAACUGCUCUCCAGACGUGCACCACUUUCUCUGCCAGGCCUUCAUCCCGGCGUGCACAGAGGGCACCAACGUGCUGCGUCCGUGCAGAGAGCAGUGCGAGGCCGUGCUCACUGACUGCAACAAGCUCAUCACUACCUUUGAGGUCACAUGGCCGCCGGAGCUGCAGUGUGACAGAUUGGAGACAUGCAGCUUCAGUGGCUCAGACGUUCCCCAGACCACGGCCAAGAGCUCCUCGUCCACCAAGAGGGACCUGGGCUUCUGGUGCCCGCUGCAGCUGAAGACCAAGCCGGGCCAGGGCUCCCACUUCCUGGGCUCCCCCGACUGCGCCCCGCCCUGCCAGAACAUGUACUUCACGCCCCACGAGUUGGAGUUUGCCAAGAGCUUCAUCGGCGUGUGUUCCAUCAUCUGCCUGGCCGCCACGCUCUUCACCUUCCUCACCUUCCUCAUCGACGUCAAGCGCUUCCGCUACCCCGAACGGCCCAUCAUCUUCUACGCCGUGUGCUACAGCUUCGUGUCGCUCAUCUACUUCCUGGGCUUCCUGCUGGGCGACACGGCGGCGUGCUCGGCGGCCACGCAGCCCGGUGCACUGGACACGGUGGUGCUGGGCUCCCAGAGCAAGGGCUGCUCCCUGCUCUUCAUGCUGCUCUACUUCUUCUCCACCGCCGGCAUGAUCUGGUGGGUGAUCCUCACCAUCACCUGGUUCCUGGCCGCCGGGCCCAAGUGGAGCUGUGAGGCCAUCGAGAAGAAGGCGGUGUGGUUCCACUCUGCGGCCUGGGGGAUCCCGGGGGUCCUGACCGUCCUGCUGCUGGCCCUCAACAAGGUGGAGGGCGACAGCAUCAGCGGCGUGUGCUUCGUGGGCCUCUACGACCUGGACGCCCUGCGCUACUUCGUGCUGGCGCCGCUGUGCGCCGGUGUGCUGGUGGGCCUCUCGCUGCUGCUGGCCGGCAUCGUGUCGCUCAACAACGUGCGGCAGGUGAUCCAGCACGACGAGCGCAACCUGAGCAAGCUGAAGAAGUUCAUGAUCCGCAUCGGCGUGUUCAGCACGCUGUACCUGGCGCCGCUGCUCACGCUGCUGGCCUGCUACACCUACGAGCAGAGCCAGCGCCGCGGCUGGGAGAGCACCUGGAUCAACGACCGCUGCCAGGAGUACAGCAUCCCCUGCGCCCAUCAGACGACAGAGAGCAGCCGUCCAGACCUGGCUCUGUUCCUGGUCAAGUACGUGAUGACCCUGGUAGUGGGCAUCUCUGGCGUGUUCUGGGUCAGCAGCAGGAAGACCUGCUCCCAAUGGGCCUUCUUCUUCAACCGCACCCGCAAGAGAGACCCCAUCAGCGAGAGUCGCCGGGUGCUGCAGGAGUCCUGCGAGUUCUUCCUCAAGCACAACAGUCGCGUGCAGCACAAGAAGAAGCACUACAAGCCCAGCUCCCACAAGCUCAAGGUCAUCUCCAAGUCCAUGGGCACCAGCACUGGCGCCGUGCCCGCCAACACGACCGCCGGCCCCGCCCCCAGCGCCGGGGCCAACCCCGCCAUGGACAGGCACCGCGGCCACCGCAGCCACGCCGCUGAGCCACCCGCCGGAGCCGGCACGAGCACCCUGGUCCCGGGGCUCUUCCCGGACCCCAGGGGGUCUUCAGAGACAUCCGAGAAUCCGAGGAGGGAGCACCUGGACCGGGCGGCCUCUAGCCGAGGCUCCCGGCGCGGGGGGGAGAGAGACAAAGAGAGGGAUGCGGGGGAGAGACGGGGCAAGGCCGGGAGCUUCGGCAAGGUCAGCAGCCACUCGGAGAGCUUCCGCCGCCUCCCAGACGGAAGGAUAACUCCCAGGAGUGACCUAUCAGAGGCCAGACAGCUUCCCAGUGGACAGCAUCAUCCAGCUUUAAACCUAUCACACGGCGGCAGUGCCAAAGGUUCCUCCUCCCGUGUGGCGCACCAAGCACAGGAGGACAAAAAGGACAAGGUGAACAAGGAUGGUAGCUACUGAGACGGCACGCUAUCCACAACCAUCAUCCACCCUCCCAUCAAUCCAUCCAUCCGACAGCGGACCAUUGAGCCAACCAAACAACCAAACCAAUCUACUGUGUUUUGGUUUGGAAAAUCUGUUACAAGCGCCAGCUGUUGUCUGUGCACAUUUGUUUGUGACAGACUUGGAUCUCAUUGUGUCUUAACAUAACCACUUUAUUAUUAUUCUAUUUUAUCAUUCUUUUUUAAUGUCGUUUAGAUCACAGUCAGUCAUUAGUAAGCAUGGUUUUAGCUCAGCUCAAGGGUUCAUUCAGGGCCGUUUGCUGGUAUAUGUAAUUUUCUAUUUUUAAUGGUGUCUCCGUGUCACUUAGCUUUAUUGUGCAAUUCAGACAAAAUGCUUUACCACUGUGUGCGGCCUGUCUUUGUUCUCUAUAUAACAAGCAAUAGAGUUGUUUCAUAGAACACAUGAAAAGCUGUUUGGGGAUUUUCUUAGAAACACUUUGUCGAUGUUACUGCAAGCUGUAGUGAAAAAAUGCAAUAUAUAUGUAAAUAAUGUAUUGUAUAGAUAUGCACGUCUCUUUCACUGGGUAAGUCUUACACUGGGUGUCGUGGUGAGGAAGUCCUUUUGUUGCCAAUCAAACGGCAAGAUAGUAAUUUUUUUUACCUUUUUAUAAGCCAACUGUGUCAUGAAAAGAAUGUUUAGCAAAUGUAGUCUGAAACCUUUUUUAUACUGUUUUUAAAAUGCCUUGUUUACGUGAUUCUACAAGCAUAUUUCGAGAUGAUGCUGAGUUGAGUUGAGUUAACUCAACUUUUCAACUUUUUAUAUAAUGCAAUAUACACCCCCAUCUUUAUUUGUGAUCUAACCAUUUUCCAGAAUUUCAACUUUACACUUACGGCUCUUGUAGAAGAAAAUACACUGCUUGGGAGAAAUUGCUUCCGGUCAUAUGUUUUUAUGGUAUGGGCUACAUAUUUGUGGUUAAAUAAAAUAAAAAUAAAACAUUUUAAAUCAAUUUGCACUGUGUAUAUCGAAGCACAAAUCACACAUUUGCAAUGGUCUCAAAUAGGUAAAAGACUGGGUGGUGCUGUUUAUGGGUUAUUUAUAUGAAUUACAUGAUACAGACCAUUUUCUUUUCAUCUCAUCGAUAGUCAGAAUAUUUGCUUAUGACCCAGUAUUUAAUUGUCUGUGCUUUGGCGCAUGGAGAACCGAUUGGCCCAAUGGCAGACAUUUACCAUUUGGGAGUACAAGUAAGAUUGUAUUUUUACGCAAUAAAAGGGAAUCAUAUUCUUGAAACUUGUGCAAGCCUAAGUAGUUUACCGAGAGUUGAUUUCAUUUAUACUGUUUUCUACUGUUUUUAAAAAUGUAUAGGCAUAUUAUAUGUAUGAUUGAUUCAAUUGUUUAGCCUAAAUAGGCCUAUGCCAAUUUCUUAUUUGAUACAAAUGUUACUGGAUAAUAAAAUUAAGAUAAAAUAA